UAUCAAUUGAUUUAUUUCAUUCAAUUAUGUAAAGAUUAUCCAAUUGUGUAUGAUAUUAUUUGGAAACUUUCAUUUCAUUCGGAUAUUCUCGAUCAAUUAAUUACACGACAUGAUGAUUUUCUUAAACAAUUGCCAACAUUACCCGCUGCACAAGGUAUUUUACAAAAUGUUCAAAUAAAAAAUUCAUGUCGUUCUCCGUUAACAAAUGGAGUAUCAUAUGAUAUUAGUCUUAUUUCAUCUUCGAAAGAUCAUUUUAUUGUUAAAAAAAUUGAAGAAGAUCUUUUAAAACAUAAUUUUCAUAUUGGAACAACAUUGAAUUCUUCCUGUAUUCUUCUUUGUGUAAGUGAAGAAUCAAAACAUGAUUCUACAUGUCAAGCAGCAAUUCGACAAGCUGUACUUGAUUGUAAAAAAAUUAUUCUAUGUAUUGUACGAAAUCCAUAUCGUAUUGAUGAUUGGUUUAAUACAUUGAAUAUUCAAGAAAGAAAAUCUCUCAAUGUAAUUACAUCGAGUAUUGAAAAAAUUUUACCUGAAAUUGAAAAAAAUUGCCGUACUAAUCAUCAUUUACCAGCAAUUACAAAACGAACUCGAAUUGUUUCACCUCCUUCGUCUCAUCGAACAUCUCAAGAAACGUUUACAUUAUCUCCUGCACCACAACAUUCACCCGUUGAAAUAUUAUCAAUGGUACCGAUUAAAAAAAUUCAAAAUUGGACCAAUCAAGAAGUAAUUACAUGGUGUGAUAAUAAUAAAUUAAAUGCUUUUAGUAAAAUUUUAACACAUUAUGAUGGUCGAAAUUUACUUGCACUUGCGCAUGUUUCUCGAAUGAGUGCACCACAUACAAUUAUAAAUCAACUAAGAAAUGAUUGUCGUAAACAAGGUCUUAGAUUAUCAUUCGUUGAAUUCGUACGAUUUCAAGCAGCACUUGAUGAACUUCUUCGUUUAGAACGAAAUAUAUUAAGAAAACAAUCAAUAUCAACAUUAGCUAAUCGUUAUGUUUACAAAGGAAAAAUAGCACAACAAACAUAA